UUGCUCAUGGCUUCCAGUAGGGCAUCAGGAGCUUGUUAUGGAGGUAUGGUGAAGAGUGCCUUCUUCUUGUUUGUGGCCAUUAUCUAUCUGACUCACAUAGGUGGAGUGAGGGGGGAUUGCUGGCUCAUAGAAGGGGAAAAGGGCUUUGUUUGGCUGGCAAUUUGCAGCCAAAAUCAGCCACCCUAUGAGGCUAUACCUCAGCAUAUAAACAGCACCAUAGUGGACCUUCGUUUGAAUGAGAACAAGAUCAAAAGCAUCCACUACUCAGCCCUCAGCCGCUUUACCAACCUUACUUACCUGAACCUAACCAAGAAUGAGAUUAAUUAUGUUGAGGAUGGGGCUUUUUCGGCCCAGUUCAACUUACAAGUACUCCAGUUGGGCUUCAAUAAAUUGCGGAACUUGACAGAAGGGAUUCUAAGGGGUUUGGGAAAGUUGCAGUAUCUCUACCUCCAGGCCAACCUGAUUGAGACUGUGACACCCAAUGCCUUUUGGGAGUCCCCAAAUAUCGAAAACAUUGACCUGUCCAUGAAUCGUAUCCAGGUGCUAGAUGGGUCCACCUUCACCAGCCUGACUAAGCUGACCACAUGUGAGCUCUAUACCAACCCGUUCAACUGCUCCUGUGAGCUUUUGGGGUUUGUCAAGUGGCUCUCAGUCUUUCCCAAUAGAACUAGUGAACGGAUGGUGUGCGAUUCUCCUGCCGGAGUCUCUGGCUACAGCCUCCUGAGCCAGAAUCCAAACAACCCAACAUACCGUAAUGCUCUGCAUAUGCUUUCCACUGUGUGCACGGAGGACUAUGUGACUCCGUACAUCCCUGUGCCUCCCGAGACCACCACAUUCCCUCCAGAUGCAACACCUUGUGGGCUGGAAGACUGUCCCUCUGGGACUGAGCCUGAGGAGAUCAGCAUCAGUCCCACUUACAUAGAAUUAGACGUGAAACCAAUCAUGAAACUCAAGCAAGUGUCUCACACAAAUGCAGUAAUCACUGUCCAGAUUCCUUACCCAUACAAGAAAAUGUACAUCCUCGUUUUGUAUAACAACAGCUUCUUCACUGAUAUACAAAAUCUGAAACGACAGAAGGAGGACAUUGAGCUGAAAAACCUGAAACCCCACACCGAUUACACCUAUUGUGUGGCUUCCAUAAGAAACUCCCUGCGUUUCAAUCACACCUGCUUGACGCUGUCCACAGGGCCUAGAAAUGGAAAAGAAAGAGUAGCUAGUAAUGCAACAGCCACUCACUACAUAAUGACGAUCCUAGGAUGUCUUUUCAGUAUGGUAAUUGUUUUAGGCAUUGUAUAUUACUGCCUACGAAAAAAGAGACAACAAGAUGAAAAGCAUAAAAAGGCAGGCAGUUUGAAGAAGAACAUUAUCGAGCUUAAAUAUGGUGGUGAGCUGGAAGGUGGGACUAUAUCCAGGAUGUCUCAAAAGCAAAUGAUGGCCGGGGAGAGCAUGACCCGCAUGCCCUAUCUACCCUCUGGCAGUGACAUGGAACAAUACAAACUGCAAGACAUAACUGACACACCAAAAAUGGCAAAAGGGAAUUACAUGGAAGUAAGAACAGGGGAGCCCCCAGAUCGAAGGGAAUGUGAGAUGUCCAUUCCUGGCAACAGCCAAGGCUCGGUUGCCGAGAUCUCAACAAUUGCGAAGGAGGUUGACAAGGUCAACCAGAUAAUUAACAACUGCAUAGAUGCUCUGAAAUCAGAGUCCACCUCCUUCCAAGGAGUGAAAUCUGGUGUAGUGUCAACUGCAGAACCUCAGUUAGUGCUGAUCUCAGAGCAGCCUCAAAGCAAGUCUGUCUUCCUGUCACCUGUCUACAAAGACAGCUACCACCAUUCUUUACAGAGACAUCAUACAUCAGAUGCCUCUCCAAAGCGUCCAAGUACAGCCACCGGUGGUCCAAUGCGGAGCCCGAGGCCUUACCGUUCAGAGGGGUCAUAUAAGUCAGAGUCGAAGUACAUAGAAAAAACUUCACCCACAGGGGAGACUAUCCUGACUAUCACACCCACAGCUGCAAUAUUAAGGGCAGAGGCGGAGAAGAUUCGUCAGUAUGGCGAGCAUCGGCACUCCUACCCUGAUGCCCACCAAAUUGAGGAGCUGGAGGGACCAGAGAGCCAGAAAACCUCCAUCUUGGAGCCCCUGACGCGGUCUCGCCCCAGAGACUUGGCUUACUCACAGCUCUCUCCCCAGUACCACAAUCUCAGUUACUCGUCUAGUCCCGAGUACUACUGCAAACCAUCACACAGCAUCUGGGAGCGCUUUAAACUCCAUCGCAAACGUCACAAAGAUGAGGAGUACAUGGCUGCAGGCCAUGCCCUGAGGAAAAAAGUGCAGUUUGCGAAGGAUGAAGACCUGCAUGACAUUCUAGAUUACUGGAAAGGAGUGUCAGCCCAACAUAAAUCUUAAUCUACAAAAGUGUUUGUCUGUGUCUUUUUCAUGUUUGAUUGACCACAAAGAACAGGACAAGAACAAAUCCUUAAUCGAGUGAAAUUACAUUCUAAUGGAUAAAUAUUACACUACAGUGAAUUUCAACUUAGGGAAAAGGUGUGUGAACCAACAUUUAAAGAUGUUACUUAAAGCAACAAGAGGACAAUAUAUUGCAAAUAUAUAUAUUGAAAUGGAUAUUUUAGUAUUUGGUUACCGCAUGGCCUAGUCCUGUGACAGUGUAUUUGCUGUACUGUGAGACUACAAGAAUCCAACAGUGAUAUCUGAAAUCUUAGUAUUUCUUCUUGCAGGACCACUGUCAUUUAUGGACAGUUUUCUCCCAAAAUUUGAGUUUGUUCUAAAUACAAAUGAACUAUGUACAGAUACUGUUUCUAUAUUUGUAACGUUUGCUGUGAAAUAAUGGACAAAAAAAAAAAGUCUCUAAUGUGAAUGAUUCAGGUUUAGACCAUUGAUUUUGGAAUUAGCUCCUGUGAUAUCUGUCCUUAAAUGAAUGUUUACCGUCCUGAUGGAUAAACAUUGCACUUAUCAAUGAAAUGGCAUAUUUUUCUUUAGACCACAAUUUACGCUACCCUGCUUUGCCAAUGUACUUUUUAUAUCCAUGCCACUGAUCUGACCACACAAUAUUACACAAAGGCUAAUGAAAUAUUACAUUUGUGCAAAUCAUAACUACAAAGUGUAUCAGUUUGGUUGGGAUUGUGUAGAUGAAACAUCUGCUUGAAUUACUGUAGUGUCAAAGUGGCAGAAUUAGAAAAUCUAGACAGCCAAGGGAAAUCUCAUAACCUGGGAAUGAAAAAGAAAAGUAAUUCAGAUAAUUUGAUACACAUUCGAAAAUUAUGUUUGAUUUGUUUACCAGUUACACACUCCACAAAACACACACUUCUGCUUUGACCUUACAAUUCCUACUAGUAGUGCAGAGUUAUAUUAUCAUGAACCAAAGUGCUUGGGUGGCAGCUCAUCACACAUAUACAGUACUGCAGAUAUUUCUACUAAUAUCAAGCCUACAGCCGUAUGAAUGAAUGUAUUACAUACAUAAUUACACAAAGCAGACUUUUCAGCUGCAAUUUGUUUUUGUUGUUUUUUACAACCACAUGAUCCCCAUUUUUCAUGUUGGAUGCUUUUGAUAUUCAUACUUAUUUUCAGUUUUAUGUAUUUGUCAUUUCUGUCAACAAUAUUUUAUCAAUCAGAAAAAAAAGUUUAUAAGGGUAUUGUUUUAGGCUUUUCUACUGUUUGGCAGGAAAAAUGCUUUUGUAAAUGUUGAACGCCAUUGCAUGGACACAGAAAAGAUGAUCAGUGAAUCAGGAAGGUGAGAUAUGAGUGAGAAAGAAUUUUACUGAACUGUUGCCACUGAAUCUGUACAUCUACUGAAUAGACUUACAGGAUGAGGGUAACAGGUUGUCCAACUUUUUUAUUUCAACCGCCUUAAACUUUUGGAAAUAUCUGUCUAACUGUAUUUUUUCUUUUACUUUCAGUGUUGAUGUUUUUGAAAAGUCUUCAUCUGUUGUCAUUUAAAAAAAAAAAAAAGACAAAACAUUUCAGUCGAUUUCGAGAGCUGUCAGAUUUAUAGGGAAUCUAGCAAGUAACCUAUAUGUUUUUAUAUUGCAUAGUGUAGCACUCCUGUAUCUCAUUUAACUUAGAAAUGUUGGGAAAUCUGUGAACAGAGAGCAUCAAAGACAAAAAAAGAGCACAAUGAGUAUUAUUUUGUAUUCCUAAAUACUAUGUUACCUGCUUUCUGACAAAGUACUGUGAAAUAAAGGAAAGGGUGCACCAUAUUGUCAAGAUCAUCAUGCUAACAUUUCUUUGGUGUCCCCUGGUAUACUUUUUUUAAAUAACACUUUACAUUAAGGUUCCCUUUGUUAAGGGUUUAUGAAGGGGGUUAAUUGAUGACUUAUACCUCAUCUAAAAAUGCAUUAUAAAUCAUUUAUAUGCAGUUAUAACUACAUGUCUAAAAAUGGUGACUUUCAUGCAAUACCUGCCAAAUAGUGAGCCAAUUUAAACUCACAUUAUAAAUGAUUAAUAAAUAUACUUUGUUAUUCAUAGUUAUUUUAACAAAAUCAUGAAACGUCAUCAUUCACGAUUUAUGCCAUGAUUUAGCAAAAAUAGACUAUAAUAGAGAGAUUAAAAACAUGACUUAAAAACACGGUUACACUUUAUUUUACAGUGUCCUUGUUACAGUGUAAUUACAUAAGUAAGUAGUGAGUCAUAUUAAUUAACAACAUUACUAUAGGUUUAGGGUUAGGAUUUGGAUUAGUUACAUGCAAUUAUGCAUAAUUUACUGUUAAUACAUGUAAUAUGCGUAACAAGGACACUGUAAAAUAAAGUGUUACCAAAAACAUUAAUAAGCUAUGAAAGUGUACCUUAAUGUAAAGUGGACACCUGUGAACCAUUUAUUAAUGAGUUACUAACAUUAGUAACCUAUAAAGUGUACCUUAAUGUAAAGUAGAACAUUAAGAAACAUUUAUUAAAGAGUUUCCAACACCUGAAGGUCAUUUAUUGAUGAGUGCCUAAUGCUUCAGUAUUACACCAUAUCAUGUAUAUAAAUGAACAUACAUUGUGUAAUAUAGUCUGAUGACCAUUUACUGAAUUUUAUGUAAAUCAAAUAAACAGUACA